CGGGGAGGCGUGUCCUGCCGGGGAUGGCAGCCAAUGCGCAGCGAGCUCUGCGUCAGGCGGGCGCCGCGGCGGUGCGGCUGCGGCUGCGGGCGGAGGGCGAGCACUAUGGUGGAGUACCGGAUCCGUCCGUACCGUGAUGAGGACUAUGACGCAGUGCGCGAGGUCUUUGCCACCAGCAUGAGCGAGUACGCGCCCGCGCUGUGCCAGCACGUCCUUCGGCAGCCAUGGGUGCUGCUGGUGCUGGGCUGCACCUUCUGCCUGCUCCUGGCCAGUGCCCGCUCCCUCCUGCUGCCCAUCCUGGCUGUCACCCUGCUGCUGGCACUAGCCCGGCACCUCCUGGGUUAUGCCUGGAGCACCUACAUUGAGCGCUGCCUCACCGACGACCUGCAGGACAUUGCAGCUUCAUAUGCCGAAAGUGCCGGUGCCCGCUUUUGGGUGGCAGAGGCAGAUGAGAGGGUGGUGGGCACGGUGGGCGUGCGGCCAAGUGACACUGAGGGUGAGCUGGCCCUGAAGAGGAUGGCAGUGCGGAAAGGCUAUCGAGGCUCAGGCAUCGCCACGGCACUGGGGCGCACCGUGCUGGCUUUCGCCCGGCAGAGCGGGUGCCAGGCUGUGGUGCUCAACACACUGAUGGUGCAGCAUGAGGCUCGUGCUCUCUACGAGCGUCUGGGCUUUUGCUGGCAUCGCCGAUACGUUCUGCCUACCAUCUAUGGCCACUUGGCCAACUGCACCAUUACUGUCUACCGCUACGACCUGUCCUGCACAGCUUGAGCCGUGCCGUGGUGCCAGGACUGGGCAUCAUGCCCAGGCACUGCCAUGGCCAAGUGUAUGCCCUGCAUGGAGACAAGAGGCAUGGAGGUGCCCAGGAAUGAUGGGCAUCAUACCCAGGCACCUGCAUGGCCAGUCACAUCCCCAUGCCCACAUUUCAGCUAUGCUACUGACUGCUGCUCUUCACUGGGCCCACCAAAGAUGGCACUGCUACAGGGUGCUGGGUCCCUUCCUGUUGUGCCAAGUGGGCCCUACUUCUCAGGAAGUGUCCUGCACGCUGGCACAGGUGUGGCAUGGGGGGUAGGGACCCUCAUGCCAUGGGCAGUGGGGUCUGUAGGGCACAAAGAGGACCCCCAUGCCCUGAGAACGUUCGAGUGCUGUGCUGCUUCCCUCCAAAGCCUGCGUUGGACCGGGAGAGGUUUCGAGGGAGAGGCUGCCCUGCCUCGCCCUGGCACCUCCGUGUUCCCUAUGGGAAACAGCUGCCCAAGGGAGAGUCACCCGAGCAGUGUGCCCCACCUUGGUGCCUGCAUGUCGGGCAUUGCUCCUGCGUGGGGUGGAGAAAUAAAGGACUGUCUGCAGCA